AAAACUGACAGAUCAAAAUGAUAUUCAUAAUAAAAACAUAAAGUUUUCUAUAAAUGGAAUUUAAUUUUUUCAAGAAAUAUUUUGUACUUAAAUCAGCCUUAUAUUAUACUGCAUACCAUAGAAUUGUUGUCUUUUCGCCAAUCAAUCAGCGUGUGAAAUUAAAGUGAAUACCACUGCGAAGCAUUGAAUAAUUGGUGCAAAAUUAUUGUACAAUUGAAAUUCGAUAUAUUCCGAUCGUUUGAAGUGAGAUUCUAUUUUGCGUUGUAAAUUAUGGCAACAAAUAAACCAGCCGCAUCAACCGCUCACCAGCAUCGUAGUCCCGUCAAAGGCAUUUUAAAAACAUCCAAAAGUUUCGAAAAGCAUGAAACACCCGGCAUCAAUAAGAGUACUAAGUUUGAUGAAAUCAAUGUACAAUUGACACAUCAUCCUGCCGAUAAAGAUUAUGGUCACAUGAAAAUUAAUGAACCGAAAACUCCAUUCCAUUACGAACAUGAUGUCAAUGUCGAUGAACUAGAUGCUAAUUUAUUGGCCGAAAAACUGCAAAAGACGCUAACACACUCUCAAUUUAUCGAUCAAUCACUUGAAGAGGAUAGUGAAGAUGAAGAUCAAAUCAUUGAAACCGAAGAGGAAUUACAAAAACGAAAAGAUUUUGAAAGACGUCGCAAAUUGCACUAUAAUGAAUUCGAAGCAGUUUUACGGGCACGUCAAUUAAUGGAACAGGAUGAAGACGAAGAUGAACGAAUUGAAGUAGAUGAAUCAUCACCAUCAGCGAAGUAAACUGGAGUGUACUUUACCGGACCAAUUCUUCCAUGCAAUUAUAACCUUGAAAGCAAUCCGCGCCUUUGAUGUUUUCCAUCAAUAAUGAUUUCAGGAUAAAUAAUUCAAUGUGAUUUUUGUCGACCUUAAUCAAAUGAAAAUCAGCAAACAACAUUGUUAAGCAAGAUAAAGAGAACAAUUGAGUUGAUCACUCAUACACAUUACACCAUAAUAUGCAUAAACAUGAGCUUCACAACCAUUUUUUUACAUUAAAUGCGAAAUGAUUAGAAUUGUAAGAAAUCGAUAGGCACUUCUAUGCGACUACCAAUAUAUUGAUUAAGAGAUUGAUUUAUAAUUUAAUAAAAACAAUUUACUGCUCA